AUGCCCAAGAUAUCUAGCAGCGAGGCGGCGUGGCGGCAGGUCUGGCCGCUGAUUCGCGUCGUCGACCUGAAGAUGGCCGAAGCGAAGGCGAAACAGGAGGUCGCUGCAAACCUGAAGAUCCUGAAGCAGCCUGGCGGCGGGCCAGGGGGGCGCGAGGCGCAGCGCUUGGGCGCGCUCGGCAGGCUGCUCGGCGUCCUCUUCGGGAGGUCGGCGCCGCAGGUCCGCAGGCUCACGGGGCUGAUGGCCGCGAGCCGGCACCUGCAGGGCGACCUGCUGAUGCGCAGCAUGCAGAGCUCGGAGCACGGCACCCCCGUCUACGUGUGCUGCACGGACGAGACCUCGAAGGUCAUCGACUUGGUCCUCUCCAUGUACACCAGGCGUGAGCGCGUGCCGGAGGCCGAGGAGCUCCUGCUCUGCUCGGCAGGGACGACGCUCGAGCAGGUGGAGCUACUCUUGCGGCGCUUCAUCAGCGCGCGGGCACACGGGCGCGAGGGGCUGCUGUACUGCGUCGGGGGCGCCCACCUGCUGCCCUACGCGGUGCAGUGCGGCGCGGUUGAGGCGCUGCGGCGGCUGCGGGAGCGGCUCGGCUUCGAGCAGGCCAGCGCCCUGGUCUUCGUGAGCGGGAGGCCCGACCAGAUGCUGACCAACGCGCUGCGCCAGCACAGCCUGGCGGCGGGCGCGCUCCCGCGGGAGCACCUCAGCCAGGCCGUGAGCAAGGUCGGAGAGCUGUACCACGGGCGCCAGCUGGAGGCCGUGUCAUCGGAGUUGAACGGUGUGGGGAAGACCCACCACAUCCUGAGGAGGGUCGCCGAGCUGCAGGCGUCCCUGAAGAACCAGCCAGUCUUGAACCGCGUUGAGAUCCGCGAGACCACCGACGUGUCGACAUUGGUUGCUGCUCUCCUAGCAGAUCCAACCAGCCCCAAGCUACCGACCGUGGUGCACAUCGACCUGGCACACAUCCUCCCCUCGCACGUGGACUCCCUCCUCUUCGAGCUGCUCAUCGUGGGGACGCUGCGAGACUUCAAGAACUGCACCGCCUACCAUCGGCGUCCGGAGGACGUCUUCCUCGUGGAGAUUCCGAACACCCCGGGCGAGCACACCGCCGGCCAGCUCUCCCUCUGCACGCUCCUGCCAAGGAGACCCACCUGCGCAUGGACGUCGACAGGCUCGACCUGGAGCUGCCAGAGGUUUCCGCCGGCAAGGGGGGCCAGCUGGUCCACUUCAGGAAGAACGAGAACCUCGAGGUGGUGGGCAAGACGCUCGAGGCCAUGA